AUGCGAUUUGUUGAGAAGUUGUUGAGUUUGGUGGCGUUUUUUGGUGUGAUUUCGGGUGGUGAACGAGAUUUGGCAGAGGAGAAGGUGAGAUUUUUGGGAAGUUUUUUUUAGAAAUGUAUCUGCGAGCUAAAAUUAUAAGCGAAAACCUGAAAAUAGAGACACGCAAUAUAUUUUUGAAAAAAAAAUUGAUUUUUGGUCAAAAAUCCCUAAUGGCCGAGUCUCAGAGCGAAUUUUCACCAAAAAUAAUGCGAAAAUCGCUUCAGGACCCAGAAAUUCGAUUUUUUCAUGGUAAAAUUGAUCUUGGAGCGAUUUCAGGCUCCAAAAUUGAAAUUUUCGGGUCUAUGAGCGAUUUUCAAGAGUUUUCGCGCUCAAAAACGAAGAAAAUCGCGAUGAGACUCAAAAAAAUCAAUUUUUGAAGCUGAAAAUCCUUGAAAAUUUGAAUUUUCAUAUUUUCCACCUAAAAAUCAAAGAAAAACGGCGGAAAACAAAAAUAAAAGAACUACUUUUGCACUUUAUAAGAUUAGCAGCCAAUAAAUAAAAAUGAGAUUGCGUGUGGCUUUUUUUGAGCUGAAAAAAGCUGAAAACUAGGAAUUUUUGGCUAAAAAUCGAUAUUCUCAUUAUUUUUAGCUUCGAGACACAAGAAAAUCAAGAUUUGGAGCCUAAAAUCGUUCCAAGACCAAAAUUCUGUUAAAAAUUUCAAUUUUUGGGUCUCGAGGUGAUUUUACUAUAAUUUUUAGGUACAAAAACUUCAAAAUUCGCUUCAAAACCAAAAAAGUUCAGUUUAGGAGCAAAAAAAUCGUUCCAAGACAAAAAUUCUGUGAAAAAUUCAAAUUUUUGGGUCUCGAAGCAUUUUCUUCGUUUUUUUUUUGCACCAAAAAUCGCUCCGAAACUAAAAUUUCAUGAAAAUUUCAAAUUUUUGGGUCUUACACCGAAUUUUCCAUCAAUUUUCGCGCCAAAUUUCAAGUGUUCAAAUUUUCUGUUUGCAGGAAAAAAUUCUGGAAGACUCAAGUCUCUCAACAUGUGAUUUCUCAAUGGAUUCUCGCGUCCGAUUUCAAAGUUUUCUACGUGAGUAAAAUGCCACGUGGCAAGCAAAAAAUCAAUAUUUCUCGUUACAGAAUUGUACUGUUUGGGUCAUAUGAAAGAGGUGGAUUUGUUUCGAAAUUAUAUUCGAUGGGAACGUGUGGAAUUUUUGAAGAGUAUGAAGGAAUUGUGAGUUUUUUUCGGGGGGUAUUUUGAAAUUUUCACAAUUUUUUAGCCCUGGAACUCGGAAAUUCGAAAUUUUUUGGUCUAGAAAAUGAUUUUAGAGCUGAAAAUUCGAAUUUUUCAUUGAAAUUUAGAGGGUUUCAAGCCUGAAUUCAAAUUUUCAGAUAAUUUUCAACUUUAAGCUGAAAAUUCUCCAAAUUUCAAGCUGAAAAUUUGAAUUUCUCAUGAAAUUUGGAGGUUUUUGAACCUAGAAUCAAAUUUUCAGCAUAAUUUCGAGCUUAGGCUCAAAAUGCUCGAAAUUUCAAGCUUAAAAUCGAUUUUGAGCUGAAAACUUGAAUUUUUCAUGAUUUCUAAGCCCAAUCUUGACAUUUUCAGACUAUUUUUAGUUGGAAAUUUGAAUUUUUCAAUAAUUUUCUCAAGUUUGGACUCAAAUUGCUCCAAAUUUCAAGCUGAAAAUCAAUUUUCAGCCAAAAACUUUCAAAAAAUUUCCAGCCUCUCUCCAAUCGACUCCAAAUUUCUGCCUCAAAUCGAACAACACGAAUUCGUCUCGAAUUGCUCUUUCCGCAAUUUUUCGGAAAUUUCAGAUGUUCAUGAAAGAGCUGAAAAUAAUGCUGGAUGGGACGAUAAAAUGUAUGAUUUGUAAGUGCAUUUUGUGGAAGGGGAUUUUUGAAAUAUGGGCUGAAAAUUGAUUUUCAGCUCAAAAUUUGAAGCAUUUUGAGCCCAAAUAUGAAUUCUAGGCUAGAAAAUCUCAAAAAUCCGAAUUUUCAGCUCAAAAUUUGACAAAUUUUGAGCGAAUUGUCUGAAACUCUGAAUUUAGACUGAAAAAUCUUGACUUUUACAUGAAAAAUUGAAAUUUUUUGCUUAGAAUUGUCUGAAAGUUAUUUUUCAGCUCGAAAUUUGGAGGAUUUUGAGCCUAAAUUUGCUGAAAAUGUGACUUUAGGCUCAAAAUACUCGAAAUUUGAUGAAAAGAUCAAAUUUCUAGCCAAAUUUUUACUGAAAAUCCAAUUUUAGGCCUAAAAAUCUCCAAAUUUGAUGAAAAAUUGAAAUUUUUUGCUUAGAAUUAUCUGAAAAUUGAUUUUCAACGCAAAAUUUGGAGCAUUUUGAGCCUAAAUUUGAAAAUUUGCUGAAAAUUUGAAUUUAGACUGAAAAAUCUUGACUUUUACAUGAAAAAUUGAAAUUUUUUGCUUAGAAUUGUCUGAAAGUUAUUUUUCAGCUCGAAAUUUGGAGCAUUUUGAGCCUAAAUUUGCUGAAAAUGUGACUUUAGGCUCAAAAUACUCGAAAUUUGAUGAAAAGAUCAAAUUUCUAGCCAAAUUUUUACUGAAAAUCCAAUUUUAGGCCUAAAAAUCUCCAAAUUUGAUGAAAAAUUGAAAUUUUUUGCUUAGAAUUAUCUGAAAAUUGGUUUUUAACGCAAAAUUUGGAGCAUUUUGAGCCUAAGCUCGAAAUUAUGCUAAAAAUUUGAUUCUAGCCUGACAAACUUCGAAAUUUUCAGAUCUUCAUUAAAUUUUAUAUUAAAUUGUCUGAAAUUUCAUUUCUAUGCUCAAAAAACUCAAAAAUUUCAGUUAUCAAAUUUGAGCUCAAAAUUUUCCAGAUUUCCGGAAAAAUCCUAAAAAAUCCCCAAUUUUUCCAGAUCCUUCGCAAGUUUGGCUGGUUUUGUGCUGUAA